UCAACUUUUGUCUAUCAUUGUGUCAUUUUUAUUGUCGAAAUCUUCAUUUACGCCUACAAUUUUUAAAUUAAUAAUAAACAUCGAAUUCAAUUACAUAAAACAAAUUUAUUCAAUACAACAGACAUAUUUCGUGUUCUAGAAUAAAUACUAUCAACUGGGAUUCAUUAUUAUUAAGCUUAUCGUUUACAGGUUUAUAAAGUUGAUCCAGCUCGUAACACUGUUAACAUGAAGAAAAAGGUACUUUUGAUGGGCAAAAGUGGUUCAGGAAAGACAAGUAUGAGAUCCAUCAUAUUUGCCAAUUAUAUAGCAAGAGACACAAGACGAUUAGGAGCAACAAUUGAUGUGGAGCACUCGCAUGUCCGCUUCCUUGGAAACCUGGUACUCAACCUAUGGGACUGUGGCGGCCAGGAAGCAUUCAUGGAAAACUACUUUGCAUCACAACGAGACAAUAUAUUUAGAAAUGUAGAAGUGUUAAUUUAUGUAUUUGAUGUUGAGAGUCGAGAAAUGGAGAAAGAUAUGCAUUAUUAUCAGUCUUGCCUGGAAGCUAUAUUACAGAAUUCUCCUGAAGCCCGAAUAUUCUGUUUAGUGCACAAAAUGGAUCUCGUAUCAGAAGAGCAGCGUGAUGAAAUAUUCAGAGCGAGGGAGGAAGAUUUGAAGGGUCUCUCAAAACCUUUAGAAUGUACAUGUUUUAGAACAAGCAUAUGGGAUGAAACUCUUUAUAAGGCAUGGUCUAGCAUAGUCUAUAAAUUAAUACCUAAUGUUAAGGCUCUUGAGUCAUCACUGAAGCAGUUUGCGGCGAUAGUGGAUGCAGAUGAAGUACUAUUGUUCGAGCGCGCGACGUUCCUAGUUGUGUCGCACUGCCAACGGCGGCCGCACAGAGACGCGCACCGCUUCGAGAAAGUCUCCAAUAUCGUCAAGCAAUUCAAACUCUCUUGCUCUAAGCUCGCCGCGCAAUUCCAGAGCAUGGAGGUCCGCAACAGUGUAUUCGCAGCAUUCAUAGACGGAUUUACAAGCAACACAUAUGUUAUGGUCGAGAUGUCCGAUCCAAAAAUACCUUCUGAGGCUACACUCAUCAACAUCAGGAACGCGCGCAAACACUUUGAAAAACUCGAGAAAGUUUCAUCGUGCGCUCCCAGCCACUACCAAUGAAUGGAAAACGCGGUAAUAGUAUGUACUGUAGCAAAUUUUUACAAAAUAAUGUGCUAAGCACCGGAGGAUUGUUUGCAAAGCAAGAAUAGCUUAAACACUACCCCCUAUUCAUAUAAACUAAAACCUAUUUUAACUAUUCGUGUUUUGUCACUUGCAUAUUAUUAAGAAUUUUACCUCAAAUGAAAAAGACAAAACAGUUAAAAAGCCACAAUAGAUAUUGAAGUUAUUAUGAAUAAUGGGGUAAAUGAAUACUGAUUACAUUUGAAUUAUGCAUUAAACCUCUAAUUUAUAUAAAAAAAAUAUAUUUAGUUGUUAAUGAAUGUGUAAAAUAAUUGUUUUGUUAAUUAAUGUCAAAUUAGUCAUAUAUGGGAUUUUUUGUAAGGGAGAUAGUGUUAUAAAGGUACUCUGUUUUUAAUAGUUAGCCUUGGAUGCUGGCAACAUUUGAUUUACCUGAUAAUAUAAUUUUCUAAAUAAUAAUAUUUGUGACAUACGAAAGUUAUCUAGUUGAAUUAUAUAUUGAUUGUGUAGAACAAAUAUUAUAAAUCUAUCUUUGAAAAGAUGGGAUUUAAUUUAUUGGUCCAUUCUGAAAUUUACAAAAGGGAUUUUUGAAUAAUAAGUUAAUAAGAACCUUAAUAUUUCACAACUAACUCACUUUUUACUCAAUCAUAAUUGUUUGUUUUUUUUUUAUGGGUGAUAAUGGAAUGGUAACCCCACCCGCGCUAUCGGUAUACACCGGCGGGGCACCAGUGAAGGAUGAUAGGUGAGGAUGAACUAGGUCAGUUAGCCCAUCGUGACGAAUUAAAUAAGAAUUGUUCACGACGGUUUCCAGGGGGAACCACGUGGAGGUCGACCUAAUAGGGUCGACCUAUAUUGCUAACAAUAGGGCUAUCAAUCUUCAUUGCUAACAAUCCUUUUCCCCCCAAUUGUUUGUGUUGGUACCAGCAAUCAGCCUGCGUCCUAUUCAUCAGCUUGCCUAACAUUUUUAUUCCCGCAAAUUUUGUACGAAUAUAUAAAGUUCAACACAAACUACUCAGUAUGUUCUUGAUUUUGCCCUUAAAUAGUCUAUUUUCUUGCAGCAAAUGGUGUAAUUAUUUCAUUCUAUUUUUCUAAUGUAACAAAAUAAUAUCAAAGAGUUUUUUAUAAACUUAGAAUAAACCCGGUAACUAUAAUUAUGUAUCCAUAACACCCCUGGUGUUAAGAAUGGACCAUACCCUAAAUUGACUUUUUCUUCUGUAAUUUAUCUUUGUAAUACUUCUCUUUCAUAAUUUCUCUAUUUUGGCUAGUGCAAUGUGACCUAAUAAACUAUAUACACAUAUGGAUCUAUUUAAACAGUCAAAAUCAUUACCUAACUUACAAGUUGACAUAAAGAAAAUUAAUAACUUUAUGAAAUAAAAGUUUUUCAUUUGUCCUAAAAUUAUAUUUUCAAUCGACUUUAAAAAGAUGGCGGUUCUCAAUUCGGUUGCAUUGUUUUUAUGUUUGUUACCUCAUAAUUCCGUCUCUCCGUUGUAAAAAUGAUUUGAAAAACUCUUUAUCUGAAAGGUAUUAGGUAGUUUAGAUUUUAAAACUAAAUACCUGACGGUUUUGUUGUGGAACACAAUUUUAAAUUAUUAUUAAUGUAUGAACCGUAGUACAAUGUAACUACGUAUAGUUUGGUUAAUACGCGACUAUCCAAAUUCACAUGUACCUACUCAGCUUGAAUAGCUUAGAAGAUUUUUUACAAGAGUAAAACUUAUUAAAACCAAAAUAAACAUUACAUCAUAUAAUGAUAUUUUUAUUCAUAUAUACAUGCAGAGAAUUUAAUUACCUAAUUGAUUCGAACUUUAACAUGUUUUGCUUCCAAAGUUCAUAACUACGCUGUCGAUUGAUAAAGAAUUCAAGUUAGAGUAAGGAACGCGAUAAGAUAAAUGUGAUAAAUAAGGGGGCAAUUGUAAGAUUUGUGUAGUCAAGUAUUGAACAUUGAACUUUGUCGUAUUAAAAAGAUAUCAAUCAGUUUGCCUUGAUAUUAUCAGUAAUGUCGCUGUGUCAUUGCUGGAUGCGUUUAUUCAUGUGAUACGCUGCAAAAUUCGACUACUGAAAAAUUUUCAUCAAAGUUUAUAACUGUCAACUAUACUAAUUACCCACUAUAAUUAAAAAAAUCUGUUAUCAGCAUCAAAAUACUUUUAAUUACAUGUCAUUACCUAUUUUUAUAAAAAUGUUUUAAAAAAGAUUGUUAUAUAUAUAUAUAUAUAUAUAUAUAUAUAUAUAUAUAUAUAUAUAUAUAUAUAUAUAUAUAUAUAUAAAUAUACACACACACACACAACUACCUAAUACUUUUCUAAUGUCAUGUAAUUCCGGCAUAUAAUUGGCCAGCUUUUCCUUUUCCGUGGGUGUCGUAAGAGCCGAAUAAGGAAAGGCGAGUGAUGGACGACAGUGUUUCUCGUAAAACAUCUCUAAAAGUCUAUCUGCAGUUGUCAACCCGCCUGCCAAACUUGACAGCUACUGGCGAAACUCCCCUUAUGGGGAAGGCUCGUGUUCAGCAAUCGACUGUUAACGGCUCUUCAUCUUAUUUAUACAUCUUGGUGACGAUCUGAUCACCCACUUGUCUAUCACAUGGGUCAUUAGAUUGUCGUAGUCAUAUGGCAACGAUCGCUAACAAAUGUGAAUCAAACGACAUACAGCCCCCUUCUGACAAAAACAUUUUAUUACCAAGCCAGAUAUUUCUCCUUACUUUCUCAAGAUGAAUUCCAAUUUCAACCAAGUGCCAAUCACCAUCGUUAACAUACCGGUAUGAAAUGACAACUUGUAGAGGUAGAGUAACCAUAUUACAAAUUUCAAUAACCAACAUAUUGUUAUAACAAUAUUAAAGACUGAAAAACGAAAAGUUGUACAUAUAGAAUUUUCCAUAUACCUUGCAGAGUAGCCAGACAUUGUAGGAUAAUACAAAAGAUAACCUAUUAUAGAAAACGAUACUCUAUAGGACGUAAGGAAUUAUUAAAUAACCAUGGUUGCACAUCUACUGUAGUAUCUAACAGAACCCUGCGAUUAAAUAGAAAAUGUUAAACAACAAAACAUUUGUUACUUACAGCUGUGAUUCUUUUUGUAUAAUAUAUGCAUAGUCCUAGCUUUUAACAUGUACUUAUCAUUAAUGAUGGUAUUUGGAACAUAAAAUAUAAUCUAACAACUUUGUGCAUAGCGCUCCUGCAGUAUUAUUGACGUGCCAAUAAAUUAAUAAACGUUUUAACUAAUAACCAAAUAUUGGUAGUUGCAUGUAUACUGUUAACGAAAUUGAACAGUGAUAUGAACUUUAGUAAUAUAACAUCAAAUUUAAUAAAAUUUAUUAGUCUAUAAUCUUGAAAAUUAGCAGUACUUAAUCUUACCAUUUUUUUAAUAAAUAUAUUAGGCUGCGUUCAUCAAACAAAACGAAAAUCUGUUAUAGGUAUCUAUAUAUUUGUCUUUUUCUUACUAAUAAUUAAAAUUUAUUUGUAGAAGAUUCUUUAUUUUUGUAAAUAUGAUCUAACUAAUAUCAUACAGACGUCCUACCUUGCCGCCACCAGGGACGGCCCACGCCUUAGCUGAGGAAUGCCAUGCACAAAGUUGACAGGUUGUAAUCAUCGACAAUUAGUUUAAAAUCGUGUCCAAUUUACCACUAUAAUGAUAUAAAUAUUUAAAAUUAUGAACAGACUAGGUAAGUUAUAUAAAUAAUAUUUAGAUAAGUACAUUUUUUUGUUAGAUUCUCAACAUUAUAUUGAUUGUUGGGCUUACGACCAAAAUAGUUAUUUUUCAAGAAAUACUAAUAACGACCGAUAAAUUCUAAAAUUAAAUUUAUAGGUACCAAUUUUUUGUUUAAUUUUUUUAUCUACCAUUUAAUUACUCCUUAUAACUACAACUACAUAUCACCAAACUUUUGCAUAAAUGUAAAUGCCUUGAAAAAAUUAGUUUUAUUGUCAAUAAAUAUAAACAAGCCUUAAAACUUUGCGUAGUCUUGUAUAUAUAUACUAGUGGCUUAGUUUACUUAGCACAUAUACCAACCAGUAAUUAAAAAGAUGUGUGUAUAAAGUAGUUGUUCAUAUUUCAAGUAAGUCAAAUAGCUUAUAGUUGGAACUGAUCCAAAUUGACAUGUCCUUGUGCGAGACCUAUUUAAGUCGACGUGAUUCUGGUUAUAAUAUUCUCUCAGCGAGUUUGACUUUCCUACUUUAUCCGCUUUAUCCGUUUCUAAUUAUUAGGUAGGUAUAUUUAUCCAUAUAGAACCAUUAAACACUUUACUGAAAUGUAUCUUAGUAGCUACAUUAAUCAUUAAAAUGUGACAAAAUAUUAAUUAUUAUGAAAUAGCAUAUUUUGUGUAAUUUUCUUGUCUAUUUAUAAUUUUCGAAAAAAAAAAUAGUUGGUAAUGUCCCUAAUUUGAUAAUUUUGGAGCUCUGGAACUAUCACACUCUGUUUAAAUUUCUAGAAUCUUCGACACAUACGUUCGUUGUAGAUAUAUUCCGAUUAUAAGUCUAAGAUUACUAAUUCUUUUGAAAUGAAUACCUAUACAAAUACUCUUUGCAAUAAGAAUUGCAACGUCGCGCUCUAUGAUCAAAUUUGUUGUUAAAUCUUAUCUUACAUACUUGAACCAUUAUUUCGAAAUCUAUUAUUAUUUAAGAAUUAUGCAACUGCGUAUAUAAUAGAGGGUAAUUUACAAGAAAUUAUUAUAUUCGAUUGCGAUAUGAAAACAAUUUAAACAAACUAAAAAAAAUGCUUAAGUACGUAGAAUUAUGUAUAAGUAUGUCAUGAUAAUAAAAAAAAGUAUAAAAGAUAGCAGAUCGUAAUGUUGCAAUUCUUAGCAAUAAAUUUAUAUUGCUCUUGAAUUAUAUCCCACACAAAGAUAACAUUAAGUGUAAGAUUUUAUUUCUCCAUAUAAAUAAAUAAUUUAUGUUUCGUAA